GCGAUUCGAAUCAGAGCGCGCAUGCUCGAGUUGUCCGAGCUCUGUACUCCGGCCCAUCCCUCGAGUCAAAAUGCGACAGUUCGACCAGGGAAAUUCACGAAGAAUAUGAGACAAGUGGGCGCCUCGCAAAUUCUUUGUCCUUCAUGCGUUUUACCCGCACUGCCACUCAACGCCCUGUCCUCCGGAGCUAUGAAGUGUCUGGCCAGAAGCCCCGUGAAGCGCGCGAGAAAGGCGACUUCCUCACUGUCUGCUGGUUGGUCGUUUCUUCGGCGGCUUCCACCUUUAGCUUGCAACCCGCUCGCCAAAAACAGACAGCCCUAUGCAUGCAGGCCAGAAACCACCUGUCCAGGACCGCGAGGCAGGAGAAAAAACAGCAGGCAGCGGAAACGGAGGGAGUGAAGCGGGUCCCGGAGAGGCAAGACUCAACUCUCAAGUUGAAAGGGAACACGCUGAACAGGAGCAUGGUGUGGAAGGCCAAGAUGCGGAAAACAGAAAUGAAACAUCCAGACUGGACAGGGUCAAAUCCUGCUGGCAAGACCAAGAAAAACUCCUACGCCCGACUGCGAGGACCCGCCGCGUCCAAGAGCAGCUCCAAGAUGCUCUAGGAGUCCCUGUAUGUACGCUGGGUUUGUACUGUCUGCGCUUUGCGUACCGAUGGAAUCUCCCAGAACUGUUUUAUUUCCCUGAGGUCGCGACACCGCUGCCUGGCAGUCUUCCGCUCGGCAGCCACAGAGAGCCCAAGAGCCCCGCCUUGUACCGGCGCGCGCCUUUCCUCGCUGAUCCAGAAAAGUCUGAGCGCGAGAAGCGACUCGGUAGAUACGUGGAGGGGAAAACGUUUGUGCAAAAUGGGGAGAAUGAGAAAGAAUUCAGCGGGGGAGAGGUCUCUCUGGUCGCCGCAUCGAAGGCAUCAUCUGAAUACUUCCCCGCGCCUACACACCAGCAGACGUCCACCAGAAAAUACGACUGCCUCUCUUGCAGAAGGACGCUCCGUUCCCCAGAAAGAGCGCACUCGGGGGGAGAACGAAUAGUGGUUGACACAGAUGGGAGAGAAGGCGGCGGAGGCGCGGAGGAAGAGGAAGAUACUGCUCGUAGGGACGAAAAGGAGGGAGAGAAACCAGAUGAAAAGGGUGAUAAGGAAAAAAGAAGCGAGGAACGAGGACUGCCUCGAAGUGGAGGACAGGGCAACGAAGCAGACGAGAUGCCGGACAGACUCACAGCCGUAUUUAAGCCGGAAGGAAGACAAGGCUGGGAAGUCGAUCAUCUCAUCAGCCUCCUUCGUACCACCCUUCUCAUUGAAGACACCGGCCUUCUCCUUCGUCAUCGCACAAGCGGAGCCGACACUGUGCUGACUUCUCAACAGGCACCUUCUCACAGAGCGACAGGACCGGCAUCAAGUCCAACCUCACGAGGCUGCGAAGCAUCUUCUGUCAUUCCGCGCGUCUUCGAAUUCCCUUCCCAAGAUGCCUGCGUCGAUGCCACUGUUGCACAGGUCGCUCUCCGCGAGCACCAGAGAAGGGGGGAAUGGGGUCCGUUUCCGUCCGCCUUCAGUCUCCAUAGAUCUGUCCUCACUGCUGGCUUUUCCACGCACAGCGCUCCCAGCGGUUCGCCUGGUCCGUCCUGUUCCCGGCAGUCGAUCCUGCGUCAGACACACCCGAUUUCUGCGCAGCCUGCAUGCGCUCCGGCUUCUCUUUCCUCCCUCCCUGCCUCUUGCACGUUUCCUACGUCUUCAACUCCGGGGUCUUCCUCACGUCCAUCUUUUCCUCGCUUCUCUCCAGACGUUGCAGCUCGCGGGGCAUGCAUAUCUGAGGCCUCUGCGUCACUGUCCCCUUCCUCCUUGAGUGCUUCCUCGUCUUUCUGUCCGCGUUCCUUUCCAUCUCCUACGGGUUUCUCUGUGCCUUCUUUGCGUUCUGUUUCGUCUGCUUAUUCGUCUGCAAUCCCUGCGAUCGUGUCGCCCUGCUCGCUAUCCACUUCGAGGCCGUUGGGGUGCCUUCCGACGGUGUCUAUGCACAGCUGGAACGGCGUCAAUUUGUUUUUGAAGACGCCAGCUUGGCAGCGACUCUACGAGCGGAUAGGCAGCCGCCUCAUGACGCAUUUACUCACCUUCACUUGCAUGUUCGUGGACUCGCGGCAGUUUUCUCUCGGCGCUGCGCCUUCGCAGACCUGGCCCGCUCUCGCACUUCGUUCUCCGGCUUGUUUCUCUCCUUUGGCUUCCCAUGCUGCUUCUCGUCGGCCUUCUCCCGGUGGUUCAGAUGCGCGUCUCGGCUCAGAGAGAGGAGAUAGCGAGACAACGAAGAAGGGGAGAACGCGAGAGGAGAGCGACGAAGGGGAAGGAAAUGAAGACGAGUGUGAUAGAGAAAUAAGGCGCCAGACAUCCGACGGCAGCACGGACUCAGGGAGGCGGCAAACCGGCGAAAAACGGUGGGGAAGGCUGAGAGAAGAGAAGAACACUCGAAACGGAGAGAAGGAGCUUGGAAAGAAGAAACGAGAGAGCCGGCUGGUUGCACGCGACCCUAAUGGCCAGGAAGCGACAGUGGAAAAAGAAGCAAAAGGGAGAAAGCGGUGUCGAGGCAGAAGCCGGGGAGAGAGAAGAAAGAAGAAGCUCCAAUGCAAACAAGCCGAAUCAUGCGCGACCGACAGUCGACCUCCCCCUCAUCUUUCCCGUACCGAUGGGUCUUCGCAUCCUUCCGUCUGCCUUCCCUGCGGUGCCUUGACUUCGCAGUCGUUCAUUUCCCCCUCUUCACCUGCUUGCGCAUUUCCAUCUUCGCCACAGGCUGCCUCUUUUCCCCCCGCAACGGCUUCAUGCUCAACUGCCGGUGCCGCGUCUCCGCGGUCUGACACUCCUCAGGGCGCGUCUCGCGUUCGCGCAGCGGCGACAAACAGCGAGUCACUCGAGGUCGAAGAGAGAAAACCGCGGAAUGCCAGCAACCUGCACAAGGCGAGCGCGGAGACAGGGUGUGCGAAUGCCAGUCCGUCUCAGGAUCUCUCGAGUCUGCGACAAGGCCAUCAGCCAUCUGUCAAGCAAAACAAGGAGGAGCACCCGCGAGGCGAAGGAGCGAAAGCAAAUGCGGCUUUCAAAGAGAAGGCAGGAGCCAAGGAAGGAAAAGUGAAUCCGGCGCGGUCUCUGUACAUCCAAAUAUCUGGUGAGCCUCUUACACAGGCUCGCCUCUGCGAGCUUCGCCACAUUCACUGCUUGGCCUCUCGCGCCGCAGCGCGCCAGAGGGUCAGAAACCGGAAUGCAAAGCAAGCGAGACAGCGGGGAGGAGACGGGAGCGAGAGCGAAGCGACAGGAACCGUGGACCGGGAGUUUGGAGUUCCAGGAGCAGGUCGACAUGAAGAAGAAAAGAAAAAGGGAACGCUUGGACCACUAGGAGAGGCCGAGGAAGGAGAAGACAGGCAGGGCAGGGACGGCGACGAGACCCAAACGCACACGCGUGAAGGACAAAAAGAAACGCCAGGACUCGAAGGUGGAGGAAACAGAGGAGGGCAUGCGACCGGCCGAGAGAGCGGGGAAGGAAAUCUGGAAACUGAGAAUAGAGGGCACAGGGUCUCGGCGAAUUCGAGAGAAAAAGCAACUUCACGUUCGCCUUCGCCUUCCUCUCCUCGACCAGAUGCGACAGUGCCAGGUGAAGUUGAGAGAGAAAAAGAGAUGGACGGUUGUAAAUCGCGUCGGGACAGGCGACGGCUGAUGGCGCUUUUGCGUCGCCGCCGGAGACUCGCGACCCGAGAAGCAAAACGGCGUUCUCACCUCCAUCGCCGUCUUCGUUCGUCAGGGACUUCUCCUUCUUUGGCUCUCUUCUCGCACAAGCGAGAGACUUCGCCUCUCUUUCUCAACACACAGUCCUCUCGACAACCAGGCGUCAGACCCAGCAAUCUUCGCCUUCCUCGUCAGCUGAUUUGCCACCAUAGCAGCUUCAACAAAGAGGGUGGGUUGCCGAGCUACGCGCUGAUGAGCACUUUGGCACUUCGGAGCGCCCAGAGAGCAGCGACGGGGAGGAGCAAAGGGGAAGCCAAGCAUGCAGAGACCACGGCGGACGGAGGCCGAGGUGGAGAACCGAAUUGCGUCUCGCCUACGCGAAGGAAACGCCGGUGUGAAAAACUUCUGAAAGAAGCAACAUCGCAGCGAGACGACAAAGAAGAUGUCAAAGAAAAAAACAGAGGAGGAGAGGACUGUGGAGACGGAGGCAUUGAAGCGCGAAUUUUGACUAAAUUUGUUCUUUUUUCGCCGCUCCUUUUCACCCCGUUAACGUCGGCCUUUGGCCGAUGCCGAGGCGCCGCAAAGGUCGCCAGAGCCAUUGGGGAGAGAACGCGGGAGACGCGGGAGGUGCUUGGAGCUCUCCGCAGAAGACUGCGGCAGAUGAGGACAAACGGAAAUGGCAACGCCCAGCAACGCAUUGAAGGAGAGACAGAAAACGCGACAGGGGCGCUCUCGGCGCAGCCACAGGUCGCCCAUGGUAACGAACACAGAAGCGACGAGGAGCAGAAAAACAGGACUCGGAUUCGCCAGAGAGAGGCGAAAGAAGCCGAGAACGAAGAGAAGAACGAAAUCGAAAUGGAGAAGAAGAUGCUCAAGCAUGUUCGCCAGAGACUGACGAAGUCUGUCGCCUUCAAGAGCGCCUUAUCUCGAUGGCUGUUGAAAGGCUUCAAGGAGCUUCUAGCGCGGUACAGCCGAUGCGAUUUUCUUCGACUACUCAGACGCCAUUGCCCCGCCAAGCGCCCCCGACGAGGCAAUUCUUCUCUGUCAUGCCGUGGCGACUGUUCGCUCUCUUCUCGAGGUUCCGGUUCGUCGUCUCCAGCUUCGCUGCCCAACAACGUUCGCUUUGCGUCUUCUCGCGGUCCUCGCGUUUCUGCACAUUCUAUCGACGCUUCGGGGUCUGCUCCUUCUCCUUUGUUUUCACCUCCUCCAUCUGCUCCUUCGUCUCCGUCUUCUCCUCUCCCCUCUCUCCCGUCUCACCCUGCUUCUCUUUCUUCUUCGCGUUGUGAGCGUCUCGCCGUCCUCCGUUUGGAGACACCUCCGGAUCGGGUGAUUGCGUUCUUGCUCGCGGCGCUUCGUCGCAUUGUGCCUCCGCAGCUUUUAGGUGGACAGCGAAAUUUUCGUUUGUUUCUGAAGAGAGCAAAGCAGUUUGCGCUCCUCAACUCGCGUGAGUCUGUCACACUCCACAUGCUUCUCCACUCGAUGAAAAUGCGGCCCUACACAGCCUUGGCUUCGCGCUCGGCCCGUCGCCAGUCGCGGUCGCGAACUGUGCAUGCGCAGAAUUGGGAGCCGAGUCGCAAGGCGAACGUACGGCGUGUGGGGAGGAUGCGAAAUGCGCUGCAGAGAGUCCAGAAAGCCGGGGAGACGUUGGAGACAGAGACCGAAAGGGAGAGAGCCACAGCGACUCCGAGCAGCCGAGAGAGGAGGAAGGGAAGGGAGAGAUGGAAGAGGUCUGCAAGGACCGAGAAAGGAAACGAGACGAACCACCAGUGGCGCGGCGUAAAGGCAAGAGGAGUACACGAUUUCAAAGAAGGACGAAAAAUGGAAGUGAAAGAGAAAGCUCGCGGGCGUCUACAGGAGGUCUUUCUGAGUCGCAUUGUCUUCUUUCUGUUCACCCAGCUCGUUAUCCCCCUGUUGAGACAACAUUUUUACGUGACAGAGGCCGAGCCGAGUGCACAUCGCAUGCGCUUUUUCCGAAAGAUUGCUUGGCUGGCAGUCGAGCAGCAGGCCGCCCUCAGUCUCCACCGCUCGUGCUUCGCCCACUUGGACUCCCGCGGAGAGGCCGAGGAACGAAGAGCGGUGCGAGGACUCGCGGAGAACGCAGCGGUCUUUUCGGCGCCUGCGAGCCCAGAAGGAAGCGUUCUGAAGCCUGGGGCCAGUCUCAGUAAAAGGCAUGUGAGAAGCCGGGCGGCAGAGAAACAGCGACCAGCAGGCGGUCCGAAAGAAACGCAAGAGACGGCGAAGAAGGGAACGAGGUCUCUGGAGAAGGCUGAGAAGCACGGAGGCCUCAGACGCACCCGACUGUCCUUGGGGAGCUCAGAGGGAAGCGAAGAAGGACCAGGCGCGCGAGACGAGGACAAAGAAGAGAGACGAGAGAGAGACCGAGCGAAGAGACGGCGGGAUGAAGUCUCAUCGCGGGAAGCCGAGAAAGGAGGCAAACGACGGAGACACGAAAGGAGAGAGGAGACAGAGGCUGUCUUUGAGAGGAGUGAAAGAAGGGAAAAUCCUGAAGAGGUAGAAGGGGGACGAGGAGUAGACGGAGGAGUAUGGGCGCAUACAGGUCGGCAAAGCGACAAGAAUGAAGAAGACGAAAACGACGACUGGCUCGCACAAGAGAUCGAGGACUACGUGAACCCAGAGAUCCUCGCCAGAGUGCAAGAAGUCUCGUCGGUCCCCACUGUCCGGUUUCUCCCCAAGGCGCGAGGCUGUCGACCCCUCGUGAAUCUCUCUCAGCCUCACAGCGGCGUGCUGCUCGCACACCUCCUUUCUGCAGCUCUGGAGAGGAUGGAGAACAAGGCAAAGGAAGACCGCGAGAGGCGUCAGGCAGCUCGGCAGAGACGGCUGAAGGUUCUGCGCGACGCCGGGGCUUUCUGUCUCCUUUUUGGAGACACCUGGGCGGUGGCAGGAGGCUCUGGAGACGCUGUGGGAGACCUACAAGCGGCGGCGAGAACUGGUCGGCGCGAGACAGAGGAACGAAGGCCUGAAGCGGGAGAAACGGGGCGACAGCAAGGAGAGGAAGAUGGCGAAAGGGCAGGAAAACAACUCAGGAAGCGGGUGGUGCAGAUGGUCCUACGGAACGUGCUUCGCGCUGCAAACCGAGAGAUGGGGAAAGGCUCGAUGGAGAGCAUUGGAAAAGGAGGAAUCGAGGACGAAAAACAGUUGCUUGCACGUUUGCCAGUGAUCGCAUCGUCCUUCUUAUUCGACUCUUUGCCAUCUCCAUUGCCUCCGCCGUUCCCUUCACAGUCGUACGCCCACUUUGUCCGUCAACGCCUUGGCGCCUUCUUGGCCUCUCUGAGUGCUCGACAGCUCCACGCCCGACACCCUCCGUUUGUGUCGAGUUCGUCUGCUCUUCGAUCGCGUCUCUCUUCUUCCUCUUCCUCGUCUCCGUUUCUUCACUGUUUCUCUUCUUUUCACAGAUUGUCUUCUCGCUCGCAUGUGUGUGACACGACGAGGAGAAGCGCGAACCGUGCGGGGACCGUGCGAAGCUUUUCGUUGCGAGGCGCGUCGUUUCCAGCGCUCCGGAGGGGUCUUGUAAGCGAUCGACGAGCUGCCGCCGCGUCCCAGCGCCCGCCGGGGUCGUCGUCCGUUUCGAGUGCUCGUCGUAGUUCGUCUCCCGCCGUCUCUGCCUUGUCUUCUCCUUCGGUCUCUCGACCUUCGACGUUCGCGCCUCGUGCUCCGCUCUCGCUGAACAGUCUGACGAGUCCGAUUCGCAGCUCGCUCGCGGCACUCUGUCGCUUCCAUCCCUCCGUGCUCGGGUGCUCGGUUUUGUCUUUCUCGGAUGUGCAUCGGCGCCUGCUUGCCUGGUGGAGCUUCUACCUCCGAUCGUUCAAGAAGGUCGAGCAGCUGGUCGCGCGCCUCGGGCCGCGAGCGAGGGUGAGACGCGUCUCCUUCUCUCAAAUCUUCUGCGUCGUCGGAGACCUCCAGGCGUGCUACGAAGGCCUCACGCAUGCAGAGCUCCUGCGCUCUGUCCAGCGCGCUCUGGCUCGCGCAAACGUCCAGAAGAUGCAUGUCUUGAAACUGUACAAACGCGUCGUUUCGCCGCCGGUCCGCGAGAGAGCGAGAGUCCGAGGAGGCCGAGCGGCCUCGCGAGAACGGCGGAACAGGCGACAGGGACGCGCGGCGCACAUGGAAAGAGCAGAGACGCGUCGGCCGGGCAGACUACGCGAGCAAAGUCGAGCGAGCGACGAAGACGGCAACGAAGCGAAUGUCCACACGGAGGAUGCGCCCUGCAAAGACGCGCCGUGGAGGGGAAGAGAAGAAAGCAGAGGAGGAAGAGGAAGAGAAGCACGCGGAGACAGGGAGGAACGAGAGACUGAAGCUAGGGGUAGCGGCGGACGAGGGAAAGGCGAGGCAAGGGAAACAGGUGGAGGGCGGGUGGCGGAGACGAGACGAGACUCAAAGCAGAGGGAGGGGGAGAGAGAAGAGAACGAAUUGAAGAAGACGAGAGGCGCAGAGGGGACAGAAGGAGGGGAGGGGAAAGAGGAAGAGAGAAACGUGAAGCGAGUGACGGGGGCUGCCAGAUUUCGCCAGACAGAAACAGCACACUUCGUGUCCAUCGGCAGAGUCGACGAAGUCGCUGUCCCCGCGCGCGAUGGCCGCCAGCCUCUCCUGGCAACUCUGCUGCUCCCGGCAGGAAGAGACAAACGGAGACAGGAGACAGCCGAGACGUCUGUCUCCACUGGGGCGCUCAGUCGGGCACGAGCGGGACACCACGUCCGCGUUGAAUCGGCGCGUUUGUCUUCGAGGGCAACGACGGCUGUCCGAAUGGACGCAACUUCGUCGUCUCGUUCUUGGAGCAUGUCAUUCUCGAGUUCAAGCAAACCGCCUGAUUCUCGAUCUCUACCUGCUUGCAUCGAAUGGUCUUCGUUCGAUUCUUCAUUCUCUGCUUCUCUUCCUUCUUCAUCUUCUUUUUCUUGUGCGGCUCCCUUUCCAGAGCCGAAUUCUCGGGUGUCGCCUCCAGAUGCUGCGGCAGUGUUCCGCCGGCGCCUGCUGCGUGGGUCGAGUUCGGGAGGUGUGGUACUUGUGUCGGACUCAAAUCAGCGGCUGAUGCUCGACUCGCGAGAGCUGCUGCUCUCUGUUCGCUUGCUUCUCCGUCACCAUCGCAUUCGCUUCUGUCAGCGGCGACAACCUUUCCACUACUCGCCGGCGCACCCUCCCGGCUUUCCGCCGGUGCACGGAGGAGGGCGUCACGGGGCGGCUCUCGAGGCUGCCGCAGAUCCUCCUGGAGACAAAAGGACGGGGGGGUCAGACCCGUUGUCACAGCGCGCGUUCGGAACGCAAGAAGAGGCCGCAAAGAGAAGCGGAGAACCGUGUUCCACCAGAGAAACGGACGGGGAACCUGAGGGCGCUCGACAACGCCUGUCUUUGGGAAGAGAAGACGGCAAGGCAGGGCCGAAUCUGGGAGCGAAAGACUGGCACCAAGCAAGAGGCGGUCAGCCUGCGGUAGGCUCUGAAGGACGCGCAUGGAGCACAGAAGGAGUGAGAGGAGGACAGAAAGAAGAGUGUCCAGGCCGAGAGCGAGAGAGGCGCGAGGAGGCGAAAGGAGUCUAUCGGCAAACCAUUGGCAUCCCUCAAGGCUCAAACAUUUCUGGCCUUCUCUGCGCUCUCUUCUAUGCCGACAGAGAUGCAAGGCCGGAGGUGCAGGCUCUCCUGCGUGGAGAAGACACCUCGCAUCGCGCCGGGUCUCUGCAGCUGUUCGCAAGGCCGAGCGCUGUGGAGACAGAUGCAGGCGAGGCGCUGCACGCAAGCGUGGGCAGUGCGAAGAAAAGUGGAGACGAAGACAGGGAGACGAACCGACUCGGGGCUGUUGAGGACGCGAGACGUUUCGGAAGUGAAGAGAAAAAGUCGAGACGAGAGACAGAAGAGAGAGACAAGAGAGGAGGCGGGGACCGAAAGCAUGCGGAGAGACGAGACGUCUUCUUCCGUCAUGUCGGACCCCUCAUUCUGGAGGUCGCACGCAAAACAAGAGUAGAAGCCAUUCGCGCCCACACCACGUCCUGUGGCUUGCCGGUAUCUUCGGACUCCACUCCUAGCUGCCCUUUCUCGACUUCCUCGUCUUCCUUGUCUUCUCCUGCCGCAUGUACAUCGAGUUCGCUCUCCUUGUGUUCGCCCUCGCAUUCGCCUCCCUCGUCUUCAUUGUCUCUUUCACCGUCUCCUUCACCACCGACUGCAUCUUCUUCUUCGUCUUCACCUUCGUCUUCUUCUUCCCAGGCUUCAUUUUGUCGGCUGCGUCGGUCGGAGCGCGAGGCUCUGCAUGCAUUGGAGAGGGAGCUGAGCCGUCUGGUAUGGCCGCCGCUGUUGAUGCGCUGGGUGGAUGACUUUCUGUUUCUGUCUCCGAGCCGCGCUGCAGCUGAGGCCUUUUUGAGUCUCCUGCUCGAGAAGAACGUUUGGGGAAAAAACGUAAACAGGCAAAAGCUGAAAACAGAUCUGUUCGCUGGCAGCUGGUCGUCCACAGCCGCGGCGUUUCAGAAGCGAAGCGGCGAGAGGAAUCAGGCUGAAGCCGACGCUCCACGGACGCCCUCUGCCGCCUUCUCUGCGGCAUCGCCCGGUACCCAGAGCGAAAGAGACGCAGUUCGCGAGGUCGCGGCGAGGUGUGAGCGCGAGGCUCAAGAGUGUCUGACGCGUCUGCGAUCGUGCCGGUGGAAAAGCGAGACAAACUGGGGACCUGGCCAGAACCUUGGCAGGAUAAACGAGGAAAUAAAAUCCGAAACGGAGUUCUCAGGAGCCGUGGGAGAUCAAACGAAAGGUUUGGGGAGAAGCGACGCAGGGGAUAUGACUGUGGGCAGAAGGAAGCGGACGAGACCCGAGGAAGGCUCAACCCCUUUUGCGAAGAAGACGGAGGCUCGGAAGAAAAUCAAGAGAGACACCAGUUCUGUCGAGCGGAAGGUCAAAACGCCCAGUCCCUCUCCAACGUAUUCUUCUCUCCAAAUCUAUCCACCUUUGUCUUCUCACUCGUUUGCUUCAUCUUCGUCUUUCUCCUCUUCUCUCUCUUCGCAACCCUCUUCCUCUUCUGCUUCCUCUCUCUCUUCUUCUUCCUCGCCUUGUGCGUCUGCUUCUGCUCCAAGCGGCUCCGGUCCGUGCUGGGCGGGCGUUCGCUUCGCCUUCGACGUUCAGCGACGGGGGUUCUGUGUUUUGCCUUUGCUGCGACGAGACGUGACUCCAGAUGUCGAGAGUUCAGGCUCGCUGUCGGAGGCGAGGGAGCGCGGGCGCCGCGCGAACAAGGAGACACUUGGAGACACUUCCGUCCAGAGCUCGAUCCGCGACAGUCUGGCGCUGCAGCGAGGCAAGAGGGCCUUCCUCGGCCGGGGCGCCACGGCGAACGGCGCAGAGUUCAUGGCUGAGAUGCUGGAGCAGCGCCUUCUGGGGCACCUGGCAAUGCGCCUCGGGACCACGCGCGUCUUCGUCGAUCUCCGCUUGAAUUCUCCAGAGGCUGCAUGCAGAAAUGUUUACGUAGUGGUGAAGACUGCGUUCCUGAAACUCCGUUGCGGCCUCGAGAGAAUCGCCAAAGAGUUUGCCGGCUUCCUCAGGCCUGCGUACAUCCUUGACCUCUGCAUGCGCCUCAUCGACGCUGUCUUGUCCUACACCCGUCAGCCUAUCCCGUUCCAGUGGCGCUCAUCGCCCACUGCGUCAUUCUCCAAGGGCGUGUCUCCUUCGUCUCGUUCUCUUUCUGUCUCUCCUUCGACUUCUUCGUCUCGUUCUCUUUCUGUCUCUCCCACCGUGUUCGAGGCGCGAGGAGAGAUCCGCGGGUUGUCGUCUCGGACGUUUCAGCAGCUUCUGCGUUUGGUCUGUUUCAACGCGGCAGCUUCUGUUUUUCGUGGUUUCCAAAGUUCGAAGAAAUCGAGGACGGUUACGCAGGCCUGCGGCAGGAAGGGAGCGCGGUACUCGCAGAGCCGAGAGGGAAAGCCACACAGCAGCAUCAAGGGCACAACAAGCCGCAGGCGCGUGGAGGCAUUAUGCUCUCACUGCGCCGAGCUUUCAGCGACAACUUCUGCACCUUGUUUUUCGAUCCUGUCGUCCCUUCCGCCCUCCGUGGAACGGCUUGCCUCCUCUGUGUCUUUGUGUCAUCUCCCCUCGACCCCGUCGGCCUCCGCUUGUCCUGCGCCCUCGCCUCAGAAGUCCCCACAUUCUGCGUCCUCGCCUCUCUCCUCCGACUCUCAGUCUUUGCCUUUCUCGGCUUCGGACCAUCCUGGACGUCCGCUUCUCUCAGCAGCCGCGGCGGCGCAUGCAGCCGGUGUUCCGGCGCAAACGUCCCACUCGCAAAAAGCGCCUUUUCGGGGAGAGGAAACAUGCAAGUGUGCACAUGCAAUGCCAGGCCGGACGCUUGAGGAAGAUGCAAUGGAAAACACAGUAAACGACGAAGACGGCGUUUGUCUCUCUUCUGACUCGCGACUUAACGCGACCGUUCUUUUGUCUGACAGACAAGAUCUUUCGAGCAGGGCCUGCAAGCCACAAAUCGCGAUGGAUGUGCAUGCAAGCGCUCCUGCUUGGCGAGGCUCACCAGUAUCGAAUCCAGUGAGAGGCUGGGAAGAGGCGCGAGAUGACGAAACGGGACGAAAACAGGAAGACGGUUUCUCCAAAGUUAUGGGUGAGGAAAGGGAGGCAUGCAGGGAGAACGACGAGAAAGAGAAUGCUCUUUCGAGUGCGUCUUUGGUAGGCGCGAUUCAGGUCCCGCGAGUAGAAAGGAGAGGAAGGCAAGCAGAACGCGAUCGAGGUCGCGAGACCGGCGCCACGGACGAGGAAGGUUGUGAUGCACAAAGACGAAGAGAUGAGGCCGAAAGCGAAGGAGGGACAGGAAAAGGAGGCCAAGAGAGAAGAGAUGGAAGCGAGAGCGCUGACGAACAAGACACUGGAGAGGCGGAAGUUGGAAAAGGCGGAGAAGAGAGGGGCACGACAGCAGAGGUAGAACAAGAGGAAGGAAUGGAACCGAAACAGGGGAAAAGACGCCACUUAGACGAGGCGCAUUCUUCCAACAAAAGGCAGAGUCAUGAUGGCCUGUUGUCACACAAAGGCGCCGCAUUCACGGAUGAGGAGGGGGAGAGCUUCAAACGCUGUUGCAUGCGUUGUGGACAUGUCUUUGAGAUCUCGAAGUCUUCGGAAACGUCUCCUGGCAACGCCAGGUGUGUGGAAGGGGAACGUGGUUUACAGAAGAACCGCGAAAAAGUGAAGGCGCUUCCUUUCCCCUCGAGGAGUCUUUCCACCCAGGGGAAGACCAAAGGCCAGAAAGCAGCAGAGCAAAAGAAGCAAUCCUUUUCCGCAUGUUUUGCCUUCUUCGCCUCCAAAGCGAAGCUUGCCGAGGUGGCGGUCGAGCUCAGGCGCCAGGGACGCGCAGGACGGGAGCCUCUCAGGCAGCGCAUGCAGCCAGGGAUCACGACGAAGCUCGUACGGGGAACAAAGAGGCGGAAAACUGGAAAGAAGAGAAGUGAGAAGAUGGACGAGAACACGGAUACGCAGGUGGACAAGAUGAAGAAGAAAAGUCAGGAAGAAGAGACUGAAACGACGAGUAAGGAAAAGACAGAGAAGAACAGGGUGCAGGAGACACAAACGCUGCAGGAUAAAACGGGUCAGGAGGAGGAGACUGAAGAGAAGAAUACGGAUAAGCCAAAGGAGGCUCCGCACAAUUUUGAGGCUGAGGCGGGAAGGCAGAGCCACACCUGGGAGCCUUGUGAGACGGCAGCAGAGCGAAUAAGCAGCGAUGAGAAUCCUCGAGGCACAGGGAUGGAGGUCGCUGCAGUGGACUUGGAGAACAGGAUCUACAGCGAUUCGUCUCGGCCUUCUCAGGAGACAACGCUGGGUUUGAUGGACCAGAAGAAGCGCCACAAAAGCGGUAAAGCCGUCGAUGCAAAGGCACCUCAGAGAGAGGCAGGAAAAGCGACAGACUCGGGCGACGCCCUACACGUACAGAGGAUGCGAGAAGGCCUUGCUGUCAGAUUCUCAGGCUCUUCACAGGACGCUCGCCGCAUGCGCUGGAGACGGCAGAGUGCGGAGACUUUCGCAUGCACGCAAAAAAGAGGUCGAACCAGUGAGCAGAAGCUGCAGGACGUUGGAGGCUCCGAACGUGCAGCCGUGACAGCCCUGAGAGGACAAGAGAAAGGACAGGAAGAGAAAGGGGAAGGUGAGGACGAAGGUAGUCGUCAAGAAAACGCUGAGAAAGAGGAUGACGCGAAAGAAGAUGGUGAGAAAGAAGAUGGUGAGAAAGAAGAUGGUAACGAACCGUGUUCCGUCGAGACCAAGCCAGUGCCUGUCUUGCCUGAAGCCGUACAUGAAACGCGCCGUCAGUCGGCUUCCUCUUGCACUUCUUUUUUGACCAAAAGGGAUGGCCUGUCGCCUGGUUUCUCUUGCGAGGAUGGCCGCUCCUUCUCCUCGCGAUCCGCCACACAAAAGGCUCUGUUGGAGGAAGCUGUGAGGGCGUACCUGUGCGCUCAGCAGGUGGAGAAGGAGGAAGGCGAUAGGGGGCGAGGCUGGCCACCGGUGAUGCGGGUGGCUUCCAGAAAGUCCGCGAAGCGCAGACGCUCGAAAUCAACUGCUGCCAAGAUGACUCCGAGAGACUAGACGAAGAGGCACUGUGCAACGUUCCACGCUCCAGUGGCUCCUGUAGUGCAAGAUCCGUACCUGUACACCCGUGACUGCAUCGGCAAGCAGCAGCGGAAGCGAAAAAGAAGGAAUAGAACCGAACUCGCUUCCUCUCCGCUCUAGUUCUUCUCUUGCGGUCUGGCGAGACAUCCAGAAGGCGCUGUGGCACCCAAAAGAGUUCGCGGCUAUUUCUUAACAAUUCAACGCCUUCGGCGAUGUGUGAGUUUUCAUGAAAGCACCGAUCGACUAUUUUCUACAAGAUGGCACAGAUAAAAAGAGGAGAGAAACCUGGAACUCUACUAAGUCGUCUUCGCUGAACU